AUGCAUGUGGAUGCCACCAAACUGCUGUUCCUCACAUUCAUCCAGGAUGCAGCUGGAAAGUUGCUACAAAUCAACAAAUGGCAUGAAAUUCCCAUGGAGCCGGGCGAACUGGCCACGCUCGACCUCAACCUGUUUAUGUCCUGUGAAAGGUUCUCCAUGUUGUUUGCGAGCAAAGACGACGAGUUGAACAGACUCAAAUUUAUUUUUGACGGAGAGGAUCUGCAGAAAGUCGAUGUCGACUCGCCACCGUAUGUUGAGAUACCGUCACCUCCACCAGUUUUUGGCGGCUGUAGAGAAGUAGAUAAAAAGUCCUUACGAAUUCAUUUGAUCUCUAGAGCAAAGAAAUUAGAAGUUCGACUACACGAACAAGUAAUAAUAAGACCGAAAAGGAAUUCGUCUAACGUAGUUAAGAUUCUCUUUCCCCAGAAAGGAGCGUGUUGUAUGGUUCGAGCGAUUUUGCUCAAGGAUGGUAACGCAUUGAAUUUCACUCUAGCUCCGCGCAAGAAACAGCGACCUAUGAAGAUCAGAACAGAAAGCACGGUGGACCACCGGCUCAUCACUGAUGCUCGAAUUCAACCCACUCCGAAGCCGACAACAUCAGUUCACGAGUAUCAACUUAUUUCUUGGACAGACGUGGUUAACAGAGAAUGGUCAACGUCGUUUCUUGUCUGCUCAAUAUCCAUUCUCAUAGUUAUGAUAGCUAUGAUAACUUUUGGAUUCUGUACAUUCAUUUAUCUGCAAACGCGGCCAAAUAGUGGGAAGAAAAUUUAUACAAUUGAGGAUUAG